CACUAAAACCAACACAUAUCAGGCUCUGGAACAGGCUUGAAAAAUAUUGUUGUAUAUAUCUGCGUUAAACCGUAUUAUACAAAACAAUGUGGAGUAAUACUGGACUGUGGCACAGUGUCACAGCUGCGUAGCUGUGGGAGUUAUUGAAAAAGACAGGCUGUGAAAAAAUAUACAUUGCAUGUUUUUUUUUAGCUAUUCUCCUAAGGAGAACCCACAAAGAUACGUAAAAAUGCCUGGAAUGAUGGAUAAAGGGUCGGAGUAUCUAGGAAAGGGACGCUCAAACGGAACAAAAAACCCUUCAAAUGCAUCGAAUGGACAUUUUUCUGAUGAGAGUGGCAGUGACGACGAGCACGAUGUCGGAAUGCGUGUGGGGUCCGAUUAUCAAGCCAACAUACCCGAAUUUGAUCAUGGUUCCACCAAAUACAGUGAUAAAGAUAGUGGGGGAAUGUUGGUGUGGUCUCCAUAUCACACCAUUGUCGACCCAAAAUUGGAUGAAUAUAUUGCCAUUGCAAAAGAGAAGCAUGGAUAUAAUGUUGAGCAGGCAUUGGGCAUGCUGUUCUGGCACAAGCACAACAUUGAGAAGUCCCUGGCAGACCUUCCCAACUUCACCCCCUUCCCCGACGAGUGGACCGUGGAGGAUAAGGUUCUGUUCGAACAAGCCUUCAGCUUCCAUGGAAAAAGCUUCCACAGGAUUCAACAAAUGUUACCAGACAAAUCCAUAUCCAGCCUUGUGAAGUAUUACUACUCCUGGAAGAAGACCCGGUCCAGAACCAGCCUGAUGGACCGCCAGGCCAGAAAGCUGGCAAACCGAAACGCCCAAGAUGAAAGUGAUGAAGAAAUGGAGGAGGCCAACCCCAUCGAAGCAAACGAUAGUGAUUAUGACCCCACCAAGGAGACGAAAAAAGAGAACCACACGGAGCCCCAGCCCCUGAGCUCCUCCAAGAUUGGGCUCGGCCGACGGGAGCACCUGACGCUCAUGCACCGGCACCACUCGCAGCGUUCCAAGUGCCGGCCGCCCAAAGGCAUGUACCUGACCCAGGAGGAUGUGGUGGCAGUGUCGUGCAGCUCCAGCGCUGCCAACACCGUCCUUCGGCAGCUGGACAUGGAGCUGGUGGGCCUCAAAAGACAGGUUCAAAAUGCAAAGCAACUGAACAGUGGUCUGAAACACAGGAUGGAAGCGGGCAUUGAUGACUUCAGGCUGCCGGAGUGCAGCCAAAAAGUUAAUGCUCGCUGGACAACAGAUGAACAGCUUCUGGCAGUUCAAGGUGUCCGGAAGUACGGGAAAGACUUCCAGGCCAUUGCCGACGUUAUCGGUAAUAAGACGGUAGGGCAGGUAAAGAACUUCUUUGUGAACUACCGCCGCCGGUUUAACCUGGAGGAGGUGCUGCAGGAGUGGGAGGCGGAGCAGGGAACUGGCACCCCCAACGGUGACACUGCCACCUCUGGCGAGGAGGGGAAGAACAGCUCCAACACCCCUUCUGGGAAGAGUAUGGACGAAGAGGAGGAGGAGGGCCAGGUGACCCCCUCGUCAGGCCCUUCUCCCGCUGCCACUUCCUCUUCAACUUUCCAAACCCUGGUGACAUCGUCGGCAACUUCGCUCAACCAGCCGCCCCCGCUCCUACGGCCCUCUCUGCCAGCCACCCCGGCCCUCCACAGGCAGCCGCCCCCUCUCCAGCAGCAGGCCCGCUUCCUACAGCCCCGGCCCGCACUCAACCAGCCCCCCCCACUCAUCCGGCCCUCCAACCCCCCGCCCCCGCGCCUCAAUCCCCGGCCGCUUGCCCCGACCUCAGCCCCCACCUCCACAGGGUGCCCAGGCUCCAGCCAGCCGCCCCCCACCCUGGUGGGCAUCCCAUCGGAGACGCCGUCCUCCUCGCUGCACUAAGUGUGUGCUGUGCAAUGGCGAAGGAAGACAACGGAAAAGUCGGUGGUCGCUUUUUUUUUUUUUACUUGGUCGUUUGUUUCCUUGUAUUUUUCUUGACAAUGAUCCGUUGUGUUCCUGAAAGUCGUCAAUCGUUGGUUGUUUAUGAGCAGAUUAUGUAUAUUAAAUGAGAAACGUAAAGCCGUUGUGAAGUUUUUAAAGUCUAUGUAUAUUAGGUUAGGUCUUAGUUUUAUUUAUUUGAAAUCACAUAGUUUUUUUAUUCACUCAUAUUUGGAUGGACUUGCUUAGAUGUUAUGUAUUGGUGAUGUUAAAGAUUUACUAGAAGCAUUGGUCCUGUUUUAAAGUGUUCUUGGCUUCUGUUUAAUGUAUAUUUUACAAACUGGCAAAAUUUGCAAGUGGUCUAUAAACAAGGUAUAUUGAAGACACUAUAAUGGACAAUACACCACCACUAGUGAACAGGUGGCGUUGCCAUAUUUCAGUUCAAUUGUUUGAUUUGCUGUAAUGCAUAUUUGUUCUUUGAGCGAAUAUAGACUUAUCUUUUAUAUAAGCAUUAUUUAUUUUUCUACUCGGUGCUAUGGACUCUAGACUGAUUUUUGCCUAUGUCCAGUAUAAUAAUAACCAUUGUGUAAGUGCUCUUACGCUUCUAGGCCAACUGUAUUUACGUGAUUGAAUUGAUCUAAACUGGAAGAAACUGAUUGAAAAAAUGAUGAACCGGUUAAUAAAAUGAAUUUGUUUAAUGUAAUAUUAAGCUACGAGGAUGUCAAUGUCAGUGAAUCGAUUGUUGUAGUCAGUGACCCACAUUUUCAGGAAUUUGAUAUGUUUCAAUGAUUUUCAUUUAAGAUAUAUUGAAGAACAAAAUGUUUGACUUCUGUACAGUUGUGUGUAAUUUGUGUGCUUAAUUUUAAACUGUCAAGAUCAUACCUAAAACUACGCUUUUUGAUUUUGUUUUAACGGUCGCCCAUCAGUAAUUCCCAGUGUAAGAUGAGGCAUAGUAUCUAACAUAUCCAUUCAAAUAAUUGUAACAUUUUGUUUUGUCUGUCCAGUUAUGAUCAUUCGUUGUUUUGUUUUUUCACGUUUUGGAGUUAAUUAGUGCCGCUUCAUGUUCAGGGGUUGAAAGAUUCUGUAAAAUUUCCGAAAAUGUAUACAGUUGAAGUCGGAAGUUUACAUACACCUUAGCCAAAUACAUUUAAACUCAGUUUUUCACAAUUCUUGACAUUUAAUCCAAGUAAACUUUCCCUGUUUUAGGUCAGUUAGUAUCACCACUUUAUUUGAAGAAUGUGAAAUGUCAGAAUAAUAGUAGAGAGAAUGAUUUAUUUCAGAUUUGAUUUCUUUCAUCACAUUCCCAGUGGGUCAGAAGUUUACAUACACUCAAUUAGUGUUUGGUAGCAUUGCCUUUAAAUUGUUUAACUUGGGUCAAACGUUUUGUGUAGCCUUCCACAAGCUUCCCACAAUUAGUUGGGUGAAUUCUGGCCCAUUCCUCCUGACAGAUCUGGUGUAACUGAGUCAGGUUUGUAGGCCUCCUUGCUCGCACAUGCUUUUUCAGUUCUGCCCACAAAUUUUCUGUAGGAUUGAGGUCAAGGCCACUUCAAUACCUUGACUUUGUUGUCCUUAAUCCAUUUUGCCCCAUGCUUGGGGUCAUUGUCCAUUCGGAAGACCCAUUUGUGACCAAGCUUUAACUUCCUGACUGAUGUCUUGAGAUGUUGCUUCAAUAUAUCCACGUAAUUUUCCUUUCUCAUGAUGUCAUAUAUUUUGAAGUGCACCAGUCCCUCCUGCAGCAAAGUACCCGCACAACAUGAUGCUGCCACCCCCGUGCUUCACGGUUGGGAUGGUGUUCUUUGACUUGCAAGCCUCCCCAUUUUUCCUCCAAACAUAACGAUGGUCAUUAUGGCCAAACAGUUAUAGUUUUGUUUCAUCAGACCAGAGGACAUUUCUCCAAAAAGUACGAUCUUUGUCCCCAUGUGCAGUUGCAAACCGUAGUCUGGCUUUUUUUAUGGCGAUUUUGGAGCAGUGGCUUCUUCCUUGCUGAGCGGACUUUCGGGUUAUGACGAUAUAGGACUCGUUUAACUGUGGAUAUAGAUACUUUUGUACCUCUUUCCCCCAGCAUCUUCACAAGGUCCUUUGCUGUUGUUCUGGGAUUCAUUUUCGCUUUUCGCACCAAACUACGUUCAUCUCUAGGAGACAGAACGCAUCUCCAUCCUGAGCGGUAUGAUGGCCGUGUGGUCCCAUGGUGGUUAUACUUGCGUACAAUUGUUUGUACAGAUGAAUGUGGUACCUUCAGGCGUUUGGAAAUUGCUCCCAAGGAUGAACCAGACUUGUGGAUGUCUAUAUAUUUUUUGUCUGAGGUCUUGACUGAUUUCUUUUGAUUUUUCCAUCAUGUCAAGCAAAGAGGCUCUGAGUUUGAAGGUAGGCCUUGAAAUACAUCCACAGGUACACCUCCAAUUCAUUCAAAUGAUGUCAAUUAACUUAUCAGAAGCUUCUAAAGCCAUGACAUAAUUGUCUGGAAUUUUCCAAGCUGUUUAAAGGCACAGUCAACUUAGUGUAUGUAAACUUCUGACCCACUGGAAUUGUGAUACAGUGAAUUAUAAGUGAAAUAAUCUGUCUGUAAACAAUUGUUGGAAAAAUUACUUGUGUCGUGCACAAAGUAGAUGUCCUUACCGACUUGUCAAAACUAUAGUUUGUUAACAAGAAAUGUGUGGAGUGGUUGAAAAACGAGAUUUAAUGACUCCAACCUAAGUGUAUGUAAACUUCCGACUUCAACUGUACGUUCUCCAGAAAUCCUGGUUGGAUGAUUUCCGGAACUUUGGGAACGUUUCUCAAAUUUUGCCUAAUCACUGCUAAGGAAUGGAGGAAGAAAUAGGCUAAUUCACUACUGUACAUGGUGACAAGCUUAUUAAAACAUGUUGAAAUGCAAA